CUGCUCACUACCUCCGCGCACUUCUACUCAGUCUGUACACUACUUCCCCUGUGCCCUCUGUAGUGCCCUAUCUGAUCCACCCUAUUUUCUACUCGCCCGCAGGAGUCGCUGAGUAAUCAGACUGAAUUUCCCCGGCUAUACCUCCACACUCGGCGGGAAGCGGACCGUCUCAUUACGCAUUUUGCUUUACACUCCUGCGAUCUCCAGUUCUCCUCAUGAGCUAAAAAAUCUGUGCUGAUUUGUUGAGCUUAACACAUCAGCCCAAUGGCUCAGCCAAAACCGCUCUUCAUUCCCUGGUUGAAGCAGCAGAUCGAUAGUGGACAGUACCCCGGCGUUCAGUGGGUCAACCAGGAAUGCACAAAAUUCAGCAUUCCCUGGAAACACGGUUUGAGGCAGGACUCGAACAGUGAUGACAUCCUGAUCUUUAAGGCAUGGGCUCAGACGAGCGCGGGUUCCAACGGCCAGAUCGCAGGUGACCCCUCAGUGUGGAAAAGAAACUUCCGCAGCGCUCUCCGAAUCAAGGGCUUCAAGAUUGUGGAAGAUAACAAGAACGAUACUGCUAACCCUCACAAAAUCUACAGAUGGCCAGAUGACACACAUUCUGUGGCAUCUACUGAUGGUUCCCCAGUGGGUAAUAUUGACAUUUCUCCUGUCGAUACCAUGUACCUGGCAGAAGAGGACUUGUUUCCAGGUGGAAGCACGCAGCCUGAUUUGUUGCAAAUGUGCCUUGCAGAUCUGAAUAUUGUUGACUCCGAUCCAGAGUUGCCUGGUAAUCCAGUCUUCCUGGAAGAUUCACCUCACAUGAAUCCGAUUCCCUGCGACGCUCCAUUUCCCAUUCAGGAAACUUCAGGCAUGAACCACUUUUCACCAGUUGGUGGUGCUAUGGCUGGUGUAGGACAGCUUCCUCCUGCUGAAGACACGUUAAUGUUUGGACAAUAUUCUCCGCUAGAGGGCGCCAUCAUGGGUACACAGGAACACGUUCACCAGGCUAAUCAUGAGCCUGUUCAGUCAAAUUCUAAUGACUCGGGUGAAAACCAAUUCGGGACCCAUUUUCAGGUGAAUGUUUAUUACAGAGGGAAGCAGGUGUUAAGUCAGUUGGUGGAGAACGAGGCUGGUUUCUGUCUAGUGUUUAGGAAUGACCCUAACCAACUGCCAAGUCCACUCCCUGCUGUGCAGCUCCCCGGCACAGAGUCUAUACUGGAUCACACCCAGGCCACCACCACCCAGACAAUUUUGGAUAAUCUGGGCGGCUUGGAGGUGAGGCAGGAGGGCAGCAUGCUGUUGGGAUGUCGUUGGGGAGACAGUCGUAUUUACUGGGGAUCAGACAAACACGAGCAGGGGCCUACAUCCAGAGCGGUCUCCAAAAUCAGACCUGAGCCCAUCUAUUCCUUUAAGCAGUUUGUGCCAGAUUUGAUGGCAUUCAUAGAGAGGCAUGGAAAGUCUCCUUCAUACACACUCUACUUCUUUCUGGGACAGCAGUGGCCCGACCCCAAGAACAAACCAUGGGAGAAGAAGUUUAUCAUGGUUGAGGUGAUUCUCACGGCUCUGGAGAGGCUAAAGAUGAUGGCUUUGGCAACCGGCGCGACCUCAUUACAGUCAUCUGUGGAGCUGCAGAUUUCCUUAGAUCAGAUCAUGGAAAUGGAUUAGACGUCAAACGGCUGGAACAUGGAGAUAAAAGCACUUUGUAGAACUCAUAAACUGUCAUCUCCAUGCGUAACUAUCCUGAGAUCACUGGAGCGGAAAUGUUAACUUUAUCUACUGUCUACUGUUGUUCUGCAAACCAUGACAAAUGUUUUUCCUCUCUUUGUCUGUUUGUAAGUGAAUGAAUUUCUGUGUGUGAGUUGGCCUUCAGUGGUUGCUGCUUUUAUUUGGAAUAUG